GUUAGAGGAAGCCCCGAUAUAUAAACCCCACGCAAUGCUAUUCCUCAAUCCACACAGACAGAACAAAGACGCUUCCUGUCUCUGCCACCUGAAAAGAAUGGAAGGGAAACGUGCCCUCCUGUGGCUACUACUGAUUGCUGCAGCGGCCUUUCAAUUGUCCGCCCAGCACUGGUCUCACGGCCUGAGUCCAGGUGGCAAGAGGGAAGCUCACACUCUGUCAGAAGUGAUGGAAGGUCUACCAAAGAGGAGUGCAUCGCUUUGUGGGAGUGAAUACAGGGACGGUUCCCCAUAUAAAAGGCCAGAUAGACUUGAACAACUGCUUAAUCUGAUGGAGGGAGAAAAUGUAGCUUAUGACUGAACAACAAAAAAUGAACAGAUUCAAUAAAACACUGCAGUGUCUUCUA